AUGCAGAAGCCGCAGCUGGUGUCAUACACGCCGAGAAAUAAUUUGUCGGCCGUCUACGAGAGCCGGUUCACGAACAGUUUCAACACCGCGAACCCCGCUGCAGAUUUGAAGAGGAUGUUCCUGGACACGUACGACCAGCAUUUCUGGGGGGUGCCCGUGUUCCUCGGCGAGUACCACUCGCCGCACGCUGCGGCACAAGUUGCGGACCUCGAGGGAGCGCUGCAGGUGGCGGCGGACCCGUCGACCAUGCUGACGGGGCUCUCGUUCUUCGAGUUCCAGGUCCGCUACGACAAGGGAGGCUCAGAGAUGGACUUCGGCAUGUUCGAGCUGGGCAAGGAGGCCAUCUCCAAAGUGGACGUCGGAAGUGGGUCGUACAACGCCUG